CUUUGAGGUAGAAUCUAUAAAUUUCAAACAGAAUGUCCAGUACUUUAACUUUCUCACUGGAAUGCGGCACCUUUAACGCGUGCCAGCGGCGGCCGUCCGGGUUAAAUAUGGGGUCUCGCGGCGGAGGGCGUGGCCGUAGCGUGACGUGCCGUGUUUAUGUCCAAACCGAGCAGUAGAGUCAGUUCGGUAUCCUGUCAGACCUUCAACUCGUGGACCAUAAACGGUACGGUAUACACAAUUAGCAUCGAUCAAUUCUAGAAAGAUUAUUUAAAGCGAUUUUUAAAAUGUGUUCCCAAGUGUUUACAGCGAAUGUCAUUCGAUUUUCUCCCCGCUGUCUACAGGUCCUCGAACGUAGAAGCUAUACGCGCUCAUUAGCAUGCUAGCUAGCCGACUUGGUGCUGGCGUUAGCAGCUGUAGCCGGGCAUCAUUUCUUUUCCGUUAAAACAGUCCAUCGGUGAAUGUUUGUCUUAGCUAGGCGACCCCUGCGAUUCAUACAAUCACCAACUUGUGUUUUGGUUCGAAUGCUGCCGCUUGAUGUGCACGUACAUGUCCGUUGUUUUCUUUUCUUCGCGGAACAUAGACACGGCUAACCAUUGUUAAUAGCUAGCUGUCACUGUUCUGGUUUGUUUACGUUACGCGCUGGUACUUUGCAUGCUGUUAUUUAGCUUUUAGGUUGAGAACAACAAUAGAAAGUGUGUUUUGAUUAACAACAAUACAGUCUUACGCUUUCGAAAUAGGAUAAUUAAAGAAACUGGAGGGUGAUCAAAUAUAUAAAAGAAAUGUGAGAUCUUAGAUGAGCGUGUACAUAUAACCUACUGUAUGGAAUAAAGAUAAUUCUGUACUGGAUAAUAUAUUUUUAUGUUUAUCUAAGUUAAUUUUAGAUGUUAUCAAGAAUUUCCAAGACAAUGUUAUGUCAAAAUCGCAUGUGGCAAACAUUUGACUAACUUUACAACUGUUUUAGGGUCGGAAUCAGCGCUUUCACAUGUUAAAGUAACAGACAGUUGGUAGUGAUUUUGAUGGUCACUUUGUUGUUAAUUUUAUUCUAUUAUUUUCAUUAUGCCCUACAGUUCAUAAAUACUGAAAAAUGUAUUUUAGUGUGCCGUAGUGUCACCUUGCAUGGGUGCCAUGGUCCUCUGUUACACAUGAGCUCUACUAUGUGGUACAUCAUGCAAAGCAUUCAAAGUAAAUACUCCUUGUCUGAGCGGCUCAUCCGCACCAUCGCUGCCAUCCGCUCAUUCCCACAUGACAAUGUGGAGGAUCUCAUUCGAAAGGGAGCUGAUGUAAACCGGAUGCAUGGGACACUUAAGCCACUACACUGUGCCUGCAUGGUUGCUGAUGCUGACUGUGUGGAGCUGCUGCUGGAGAAGGGGGCCGAGGUGAAUGCUUUAGAUGGAUACAACCGCACAGCACUGCACUAUGCAGCAGAAAAGGAUGAGAGUUGCGUGGAGCUGUUGUUGGAAUAUGGGGCACAGCCAAAUGCCCUUGAUGGUAAUAAGGAUACUCCACUUCACUGGGCGGCCUUUAAAGAUAACCCAGAGUGUGUGAGGGCCCUGUUGGAGAGUGGGGCCUGUCCCAAUGCCCGGGACUACAACAGUGACACUCCUUUGAGCUGGGCAGCAAUGAAGGGCAACCUAGAAAGUGUCAAAGUUCUAUUAGACUAUGGAGCCCAAGUCCAUGUGACGAACCUGAAGGGCCAGACUCCUAUCUCCCGACUGGUGGCCCUAUUGGCCCGGGGCCUGGGCACUGAGCAGGAGGAGGAGUGCCUGGAUCUACUGUGCCGGGCAGCAGGGCGGUUCGAGAUCCGACGUGCGGAUGGUACCCUACCCAGGGAGCUGAGUAAGGAUCCUCAGCUGCUCGCGAGGUUAACCAGCAUGGUGGCUCAGGCUCCCACGCUGCGUUCUCUGGCACGCUGUGCUGUUCGGCAGAGUCUAGGAGUGCAAUUCCUCCCUACUGCUGUUAAAGAGCUUCCUUUACCAGAGACUAUUAAAGACUAUCUACUGCUGAGAGAGUAAGGGGAUUAAACCGGGGGUGGGGGUGGUUCUUGGUGGCUAAUUAACCAGCUCAUUACACUACAUUUAUUGACUUUAAAAUUGUAGGACAUUGUCUGAUAGAGGUCCUCGUUCAUAAACCACAAAACAUUAGAAUUAUUAACCAAGAGACAUGCACAAAACAUUGUUGAUUAGAAUCUGGUGAAUGCACAGCAUCAUUUGUUUAUGUGCACAUCACUUUGAUUGGUUUCAUCAGCUUGAACCAGAACCCUGUUCUUAUUUUGUUUCGAUACUUUUAGCCCAUUAGAACGAAAUAUAGUGCAGUCCAGUUUGCAUGCAGUAUAAUUGGGUUUAUCAGGCUCAAUCAUGAGAAAUAACCUAUUUUUUUCAUAGGCUUAUUACUAUUCUUUAAAUUUAAAAUAUACAAUAAUUUUUCAUUUAAAAAUCUCAAUGGAUAACAAAAUGUAUUGAAUUAUGUGAGAAAAAACCUAGUUUAAGCUUUAAGUUGUCUAGUAAAUCAAUGACAUCCUUCCUGCAAGAUUAGAUUUGAAUGUAGGAUAUGCUUUAUGAUUGAGGGCUAUUCUAAGUAACUAAUUUUGAGGAUGCAGUUUGUUAAGUAGUUUGUAGACAGCUGAGGCCAUCUCCUCUCCUGGUGAAUUCACAACGCAUGUAACUUUUACAACACAAGGGGGAUAAAAAUUAAAUUACACAAACACAUCCAAGCAGGAAGCAUUGUGCCACAUGGGAACAGUUUUAUUUGUUACGCAGAUGCAACUAGUGGUUGCAGAUAUUAUCUUUGUUUUCUAAAAAUGUGCCAGGCAGACUAGCCUGUUUAGCCCUUCCAACAUGUUCAGUGUGAAAAAACAUUGAUGUCAACUUGCCCGUUGUUGUAUGUGAUUUAAUAUUUAAUUAGGUUAAAUAAAAUGCUUUUACUGUUUAUGUUUUCAGUCUUAAUUUACAAUGGUUUAGAUUUUCAAAUGUGACAGCUGGUCCAACAUUUUGCUUCAUAUAUUCAAAAGGUAUGUUAUUUUGAAUUAGGUGUGUAUGUGUUUAAACUGUGUAAUGGCAUGAUUACUACAUUUUGUUGUUGGAAAAAGCCACUUAAAUUAGUAUACAAAACACAUUUGAAUUUGCUAUGGGUUUUCGUUUUUUUUUAAUCUGACCAUUUUUGUGCUUGUCUUUUGACUUUCUUACAUCUUCUGUACACCUGCAAAAAUGCUUGUUGUCAAUGUUAUGAAAGUAAAUGCCUUUAUAUAA